AUGAGGCAAAUGGCCGCCCCGAGCCCGACAGGGGCGAGAGGCGAAGGUCCACUGGCCGAUGCCGUCGCGGGCAAUCGAUCCUCGAGCCUUGGGUUGCCUCCCGUUUUUUCUGUUUCCGCCUGCAGUUGUUCUCGGACUCCUGGCGACAACCCCGUGCGGUUCAACUCCGGAAGAAAGCCUGGCGCACAUCUUUUGUCCUCCUCUUCGCGUUCCGCGUCUGCAGUGCUUCUCAUGCUGUCUCUUGUGCUAUGCGUUGCUUCUUCACUUUCCACGUUCUUCACGACAGGCGCCGCCGCCACAGACUCACCAGCUCAAAGCCGCCACCCGUCUGGAACCCCGACGAGGAACGCGGCAGGACAGAUGCCGCAGAACUCUUCCGCUGUGGCUGUACCAAAAUCUGCCUUCGCCUCGCCCGUCGCAGCGUUCUUCAACCGGACACUGGCAGCGGCGAGGGCGGGGCGUGUAGGAGCUCUUCGACGCGUGGCCAGCCGCGGAAAUCGCGUGGGGUCGUGGGGGACACUUUUGUGCAAUCAUCGUACUGGGGAGGACGAAGAGCUGGUUCUUUUUCUUGGCGCAGGAGAUGCAACUGAGAAACACUUCGCCGCUGCGGACCUUCCGCAAGAGCUUCGAGGGGAAAAUCUCGGCGGCCUCGGCGAUGCGAAGCAACCUAACCAGGCGUCCAGAACUGGAGAUCAAGAAGCGGAGCGCGGGCGGCACGUCGCCAGAGAAACCCGAAUCGUCCAAGCCGCUAUCGAUACUGUGACCUUGCUGCACAUGUUGCAUUGCAGGCUGACGAGGGUCGUGGAUCUGAGGAAUCCCAGCCACAGUUUUCUGCUCAAGCAUCUUCAGCACACUUACCGCAUGCGCAAGUGGCGGGAACGCGUGGAGUGCGAGGCUGCUCGCGAUGCGACUCGUCAACACACCGAAGCGCACCCGGCGGAGACAGGGGAUUCCACGCAAGCGGCGAACCCUGCGUCUGCGGAGGCUCGAGAAGGUGCCGGCGAAGCAAAGGCAGCGGAGCCCCAGGAAGAUUUUGCUGCGGACGGCGAACCCAUUCUGUCGGUCGUCUACCGCAAGACAGGUGUGGAACGGCUCUUCUUCGGGUUCAAGGAGAUCCAGGAGUUUCUUCUCGCUCGCCUCGUAGUGAAAGCCCGGCGGAUGGCGCUGGAACAACAGCGUGCAUUUCUGCGCCGUGCGCACCUGUUGACAGCCCAAGCCGACGCCGCCCCAACAGCCGAGAAGGUCAGAAAAGCCGGGAAGGCGGCGCAGCGGCGGACUCUAGAGGCGAAGCUGCCUAUUGGGCAUCCAGUUCCGAAGCAUUGGUGGGAUCCUCUGGGCUUAACCUUAGACCUUUACACAGCGGCGACGUGCAGCAAAGGUUGUCCAGAACUGAAGCAGAUCGUGCAAACUCUUGCUGAGACCGGCUUCGUCGACGUUAUCAAGGUUCACAGCUGCGACCCGGCCAAGGCAGAUGUUCCUCCGAUCAUUGGUACCGCUGGUCUUGCGGUCUUGCCCGCGUUGGGUAUUGGGACCCGGGUUAUCUUCGGAACAGAGGAAAUCGUGCGGUUCCUUCACGUCUUAGCCUCUUUCAUACCGACGCCGAAGGCGCUUCGCGAGGCAUUGCGGGCCUCCCAACCGUCUCCUAACAAUGGCGCACCUUCUUCCCGGUCGCCUGCUGAAGCUCUCAGUUUGCCUCCAAACGGUGUUCACGCGUCAAUCGAAUCCCCCGUGAAUGAGCAUGCAGAUGCAGAUGACGACCGUAACGACGUUUGGCCAUCUCUAGGUGGCGGAAACACGGGCGAGAGUGUGGUUCUUCGUCUGCCAGAAAGGCUACGAGACUCGACGCUCGUUUGUGACACUGUCAACCUGGACCCUUGUCAGAGGCUGCUCGACUGGCUAAGCGGUCGGGGCCUGUUUGACCAAGUCAGAAAGCGCUUCGCAGCCGUGCGACCCCUGGUGCAGUCGGACAUGCAACAACAGAAAAACGAGCCUCUCUUGGUGAAACGUGGCGUCAUUGUGGCGCGGGGCGUUGUCGACAUUCAGGCGUGGAUCGCCGCUGCGUACGUGGCAGCGGACCCCCAAAGUUGGACAUGCACUCCGGUGAUUGCGGAGGCGUUUCUUGCAGCGGGCCGUCCAGUGACAAAUGAAGCCGUGAAGAUUGUAGAAGCCAUGAAUGGGAAAGGCCUGCACAACCGCGUUCGCAUCAGGACUCUGCCUAACCUACAACCUGUUGUCGUAAAUCAGCGCGUGUAUAGGAUUCCUUCUGUACACGUCCACGGGAUCGCGGAGUUUACUGGACUGAACGAAGUGAAGGCAUUCUUUUUCGCUCUGGUUCAUUUGGUGAAAUCUGCGAAUUGA